CGCUGGAAAAUAAAUCUUAUGAAUCAAUGUAAAUAGAAAAUAUUUUAAUCUUAUUAAUCAACGUCUAUCAACAAAUGUUUAUUGUUAAAAAGAUUUUACUAUGUACUCACAAUCCCAAUUGUGAAUGAAACACUUUCUCUGGAGUUUAUAUUCUAUCUUAUGAUUCGCCUGACAGUUUUUUACGUGUUUAUUAAUUGUGAUAAAUUUUAUUUCACUCCUUCUUGAGAUUUGCUAAACAAAGAUCCUUCUCUGUACAAAGAGGAUAAAUAUAACACGAUAGCUAUUUCAAUUUUUCUUGAUAAGCUUGAUCAUCUGUCAUUUGGCCUUUAGCUGGACUAACUUGUGAAGUCAUUGGAGUAUUAAAUGGACCUGGUGAUGACACUGAUGGUAUAGAACCCGACCCUCACCUUGAUUGAAUCAUACCAACUCACAUUGGCGCAGACUUUAACCGUAGGCAUAUGAAACAUUUAUACUAAAUGUUUGAGAAAUGAUAUUUAAAUUGGGGACCGACUUAUUUCCACCACCUUAUUCACCACUUUUUCAAUCACUUUUUUCCAACGUAUUGACCAUCAUUCAAAUCUAACACGUCCACUAUUCAUCACCUUCAUAUCUAUCAUACCUGAAAAGUGGUCAACAAUUUGGUAAAUUUGGAUGAUGGAAAAUCUAAUGAAAAUUGCUUGAAAAUGUGGUGGGAAAAGCCGGUCCCAUUGAAUUGACGUUUCAUUCAUUUGAGGUACUGUUUCUUCAAAAUGAAAGUGAAACUAAAAUAAAGUAAAAAGAAUAGGUUAGGAGGAUGAUUUAAUAAGUGAAAAUAAAUCACAACCAAAAAAUCGCAUUUCAUGGCAUAACUUUUGAUAUCUUUUGAUUUCACUAACCGAAGAGCAAUAUGAACUGAUCUUAUUUGAUCCCACCUUACAAAGACAAAGUGUUAGUAAAAAAGAAACAUCACGGCCUUUCCGUUGUGCAGAGCUUUCUCGAAGACGAUAACUUCACAAUGUAUCUCAAGAAAUCAUGGAAAGUUUUUAAUCGAUACAUGUUUUGCUUCGAUACUUGAGGCGAUAAUCUAAAAUUUUCUCUUUUCUACCUUAUCACCAUCUAAAAUCUUCCUUUUCACAGCAUUUUACGUUAAAUGACUAAUUGAUUUCAAUCAAAAUAACAUAUCAAAAUGCUUUCAUGAAUCAUAAUUUUUAUUUUAUUAAUACAAUCUUUAUACCAAAUCAUUUGAUUCAAAUGCAUCAAAACAUAUAUGUAUCUCAAUCUACUGCUGACAUCUAUGGGAACUACAGGGAAAAACAAUUUUAAAUGAAAGAUUGAAUCUUUUACUAUUUUGAAUACAAACACUAGACUCAAGGAAAACUGUAGUUUUAAGCAUUUUAUUAUAAAAUGUUGAUCAACGAAAUUCCCGAUGAUUGUUUGCUCGCCAUUUUUGAUUAUAUGAACAACAUGUGGGAUUUAAUAAACUGCUAUAAGGUGUGCGUUAAAUGGAGCUAUUUAAUUGCUAAACGGACUAAAAAAACUAAAUAUUUGAUCGAUCAGUGUGGUUAUUCAUCUGAUGCUGUUUCUUAUGAAAACCAAGUUUUGAUUGAUUCAACCUGUCUGAAUAAAUUAUUUACGAAUUUAAAAAUUGCUGAAUUGUCUUCCAGAUUACAUUACAAAGCCGAAAGUGCUAUUGAAUUUGUUAAAAACCAAAAAAAUCUGAAAGGAUUAAUCAAUCCAUUUGAUGAACCAAUAGUAAAAUAUUGUGAUAAACUCGAAAUGUUAUCCGUCAUAUUUUUCAAUCCAAACAAUUUACGAAAUAGUUCCAGCCUAAAGCAAUUGGACAUUUUGUAUUAUAGUCUAGAGGCUUUGGGAAGAGAUGCUCAUUAUUUGCCAAACCUUGAAAGACUAAAGUUUCAAAUUAUUGUUACAGAAAAUCCCUACGAUGGCCCAGUAUUGGAAAAGCUUAAAAUACUUGAAUUGUCUUACGAAUGCUGGGUUCGAAAAAUUUUUUAUGGUUUCCAGUUGAUGGAUUCAUGUCCAAAUUUACAAAGUGCACAUAUUUCUAUGAAUACUGAUUCUUGGUUUAUUGAUGAAACAUUGAAACACAAAAGUUUACAAGAUUUAGUUAUACAAUUUUAUGGAUACGAUAAUUAUAGCUGGAAUAAAUAUAAAAGAUUGCUUAUUAAAUACCCGAAUCUCAAACAUCUUUCGUUGAGAUUUGGGAAUAUUCAAGAUGAACAUAUCGAGCAAUUGGUUCACAUUUUACCCAAUUUAGUGCUAUUGAAUGUUAGUGGGUGUAACAGAGUUACUCAAGAAGCGGCUGAUUAUGUUAAAGAUUAUUGUAAAAGAUAUGGACGAUCAAUCAAAUUUUACUUCAAUGGAAAUUGUAAUGAAAUCGAAUCAGAUUGGCCUCAAUUAUCCACUAAACACGAAAAAAUUAGUCGAGGCUUUGAUUUCAUGAAACAUUGCUUUCGCAAAGACUUUACCUACCUCUCACAUUUUUUGAUUCCAAUUAAUUAUUGAAAAGUACUUAUUGAAUAUUAUCUAUUGUCUAACCUAAAGAAAUGUCUUUGGGGUCAAAGGGUUAGAACUUUAGAUCCGUAGAUAACUUUCAUCGAGGUUUCAAAAAUAAUGAUGAUAGGUAAAAGAUAAAUGAUUGUAGCUAUUGCUAAAUGAAAUAAACAUUUAUUCAAUUGCUUUGGAGAUAGAUUGGUCUGAAAAAAUUGGCAGAAUUUGUUUGAUUAAAAAUAUUUAUGGUUCAAGAUAUUGCAAUAAAAUUUUGAAGUGAAAAA